AUGGGGGUGAGGAGCAGCAAGGUUUUGAGCCAAUUGAUCGGAGCUCCAAGAGUACAAAGAUUAAAAAGACUAAAGAGCCAUAAUUCAGUGACACCAAAAGGUUAUGUUCCUGUUUGUGUUGGAGUACAUGGUGAUACGAAGCGUUUCAUGGUUCAUAUGACGUUGCUUCAUCAUGCAGACUUCUCUGAGCUGCUGCAUAGAUCAGCUGAAGAAUAUGGUUUUCCUAAUGAUGGACUUUUGAGGAUUCCAUACGAGGCCAAGGAUUUUGAAGAGUACUGGAUGAUCAAACGGUCCAAACCCAAAAUUUACAAGAUUGAACCAGUUUAA